AUGAAGUGGACAGCACUUGUCAUUGUGGCCAUCCUGCAGGCGCAGUUCCCAGUUACAGCGGCACAGAGCUUCGGCCUGCUUGAUCCUAAACUCUGCUACCUGCUGGAUGGGAUCCUCUUCAUCUACGGCGUUAUUGUCACUGCCCUGUUUCUGAGAGCAAAGUUCAGCAGGAGUGCCGACGCCCCCGCCUACCAGCAUGGCCAGAACCCGGUCUACAACGAGCUGAAUGUCGGCCGAAGAGAGGAGUAUGCAGUCCUGGACCGGAGAGGGGCCUUCGACCCUGAGAUGGGGGGGAAACCGAGGAAGAAGAACCCCCACGAAGUCGUGUAUAAUGAGCUAAGAAAAGACAAGAUGGCGGAGGCCUACAGUGAGAUCGGGAUGAAGAGUGACAACCAGCGGCGAAGAGGCAAGGGGCAUGAUGGUGUUUACCAGGGACUCAGCACGGCCACCAAGGACACCUAUGAUGCCCUCCACAUGCAAGCCCUGCCCCCUCGCUAACAGCUCCUGGAGUUUCAGCACUCACAGGCCAGACCUGUAGACGCCCAGAUUGUUAAAGAUACAGGAUAAAGCAUUUACAACCUAGUUCACUCAUAUUUCUCCACCACCCAAGUAUUUCUCUUUAUGAAUGGGAUGCUUCAAGUUGUAACAUUUGGUCAUACCCAGUUCCAAACUCACGCAGAAUUUUGUCCUUGGAUGCCCGGAGAGAGUGCAUCCCCACGCGCUUCCUGAAGAGUCCACUGUGA